AUGGCACCAACGAUAAGAGUAGAAUCAGAUGAAGAUGAAGAAACUGUUAUGGUUUCUUCUACAAAUAAUAGAAAACAAAAAAAACUGGUUCAUUUUAGCAACGAAGAGGAAAAUGAGGUAACUUCAAAGGAAGCUAAGAAAAUAAAGGCGGAACCUAUUGAGAACCCCAACAAUGUUACAGUUCAAAGUUCAUCUAGAACUGAUUCGGCUUCUAAAAGUAAUCAUUUCAAGAGCAAUGAUAAAGAUAAGGAAAGGAAAUCUAAGAAGAAGAAGAUCACCAAUGACCAACUGGCAGGUACUAGUGGUGGUUAUUCAUGGGAAGAUGAGUUAAAAAGAAGUUGGGAUUUAGUUACAGUAGAUGAUGAGAAUGAUAUGGCUUCGCUAGUCGCAAGUAUAGUAGAGGCCCGUAAAAAACGUUCUGCGCAAAAGGUGGUCACCCCUUAUCAAAGAGGUAUUAUCAGAUCUUUAAUAUUGAUAUUAGAUUGUAGCGAAGUUAUGUCUGAAAAAGAUUUGAGACCGAAUCGUAAUGCUAUGAGCAUCCAAUAUGCGAUCGAUUUUAUACAAGAAUUUUUUGAUGAAAAUCCUAUUUCACAACUAGGUAUUGUCAUUAUGAGAAAUGGUUUGGCAAAUUUAUUAAGUCCAAUAGGUGGGAACCCCCAAGCACAUAUUGAUGCUUUGAAAUCAAUUCGUAGAGAAGAGCCAAAAGGUAAUCCUUCACUUCAGAAUGCUUUGGAAAUGGCAAGGGGGUUACUACUACCAGUUCCAUCUCACUGUACAAGAGAAGUUUUGAUUGUUUUUGGAGGUUUGUCGAGUACAGAUCCAGGUGAUAUACACCAAACUAUCCAAUCUUUAGUAAAUGAAAAGAUUCGUGUAAAAGUAAUAGGGCUAUCUGCUCAAGUUGCUAUUUGUAAGGAGCUUUGUAAAGCCACAAACUACGAUGAUGAAUCAUUUUACAGAGUAAUAUUGGACGAAGUUCAUUUCAAAGAAUUGUAUGAUGAAGCAGUUACUCCUCUUCCUGUAAAUAAAAUUAAUAAAGCAUUUACGUUGGUUAAAAUGGGGUUUCCAACUAGAGUAUUUGAAGAGAAUCCAACCUUUUGUGCAUGCCAUUCUAAACUAGUUUAUGGAGGCUACUUUUGCCCUAACUGUAACAGCAAAGUGUGCUCAUUGCCAACAGUAUGCCCCUGUUGUGAUUUAAUGCUAAUCUUAUCUACUCAUUUAGCUCGUUCUUACCAUCAUCUAAUGCCUUUAAAGACUUUUAGUGAAGUUCCUACAAGUGAAACUUUUGAAACAGAAAAUUGUUUUAGUUGUCAAAUGACAUUUCCAUCUUUAAGGAAUAAGAAGACUGGUGAAUUGCUUACAAGUUCACGCUAUCGAUGUCAGGAUUGUGAAAAUGAUUUCUGCAUCGAUUGCGAUCUCUUUAUUCAUGAAAUACUUCAUAAUUGUCCUGGGUGUGAAUCCAGUCCUACAAUUUAA